CAGGCACCUGCACCCACACAAGAUAAAAAACCCCAACGCUAUUCUACACCUUCACCAAUGGGAGCUAAACUUCCCGAUCUAACUUAAAUAACCCGCGACCCAAGAUAACAAAAAACGUCAUCAGUAGAAGUGUCAGCUGUGUGAUGACUCGGCGCGUGUUCCCCCACAAAUUUCCUCUUCCCCGAGCCAAACCCAGCGAUAGCCCCUCCCGCUGAUUCCCCGCACCGUAACAAUGCCUGAAUUUCCCCAAUGUGUCGUCCACAAUUGAGGUUAAUCGUAGUAUUUCGCGAACAAUGUGCCGAUGUGAAAGUGCGAGUGUCCAGUCACCACCUCGAGCCCCCGAAAAUGAAUGCCCUUCUGAAAACCGUCAAGUCGAUGACGAACAAGAGGAACGUCCUGGUGAAGGAGUCCCUCCGCAAGCAGCUCAACACCGUUGUGAUGGAGAUGCAGGGGCUGGAGGGUGUGAGUGAUGGAGUGCCAGUGGGCAACUGCGAGGAGGCGAUGGCCCUGUGCUCAGUCCUCGAGGCCAUAUUCCUCCACGGCCUGAAGGACAGCCUCCUGAACCGAGUGACAGAGGCCCUCUCUGGCCCUGACUUCGACGCCAUGCCUCAGCCCUCCUUCUGGGGUCCCCUCCUGGUCUUCUCCCACCGUCAGAUGAUCAAUCAGAUCCAGGAUCUCAAGCAGAUCACCACCGAAGUCGGCUACUGCAGGGCCUGGAUACGCAUUGCCCUGAACGAGGGCCUCCUCUCCAGCUACUUCUCCUCGAUACAUCGCGACAACUCGGCCCUGAAACCCUACUACGACAGAGCCGCCUUCAUCAGGGAUGGCGAUCACGUGGAAGUUGCCAGGAGGCUCAUCGAGAGUUUGGAUACCAUUGUAUUUAAUUUAGCCUCCAACACUAGUCUUCUCAACUUCUGGUCCAGCACUCCGCUGCUGAUGGCCGCUAUCUGGUCACCACCGAUGAAGUCAUGCCCCAUUUUCAGUGCUGUUGACAUCGCCAAGACUAUUAAUAGUGAGAUUACUGAGGCUGAUAACUUUGAGGAUGUGGAGACUGCUAGCUCUAUUGGGAGCAUUGGGUCUUUCAGCUCUUCUGGGGUUCUUAAUAAUGCCACUUUGAGUGAGGAUGAGGCUCUCAGGAUUAUUUUGGCGAAUGGGGGGGCGAGGGGGGUGGGAAAUGGGGUGAGGGGGGAGGGAAAUGUGGUGAAGGAGGAGGAUAAUUUGGUGAAGGAAGUGAAGAGGAAGGAGAGGAGAAAGAAAGAAGUGAUUUCUCCUGUUGGAAGUCCUGGGAGAAAUGAGGGGAUUGAAGAUGGGGAGGGGAGGGGGGAAAGGGUGGUGGAGGGGAGUGAAAGGGUUCAAGAGGACCGGGAGGAUGUGGUCGAGGGGGAGGAAGGGGUGGCGAUUAGCGGCGAGGGGGAGGGGGGGGGAAAGNGCGGCGAGGGGGAGGGGGGUGGAAAGGCUGAGGGGGCUGUCUCUGUGGGGAAUUCUCUGAUUGGGAAGCUGGGGUGGUCCACAUCCCUGGAGGACGUGGAGUCCUCGAUGACCUCGUCGGUUAUAUCGGGGGCGUCCAAUGCGGAGGCGAAGACUCCUGGGGAGGGACCAACUUAUGAUGCGCUUAUUAGGAGCUAUCAUCCGGGGGGGUACGCCACCUCACCGGACUUGAGGGAUUUUUUGGAUAGGUAUGCCCCCAGCGAGAGGAUACAGGAGAAGGAGCCUGAGGAAGGGGCUGAGGUAAUAACAGAUGACUUCGACAAUCAGAUCGGCAAACUCCCCCGUGAGAAGGGCUUGGACACCCAGAGCUACAGCUGCUUCGAGUGUGGUCACGCAGUGGGAAUGACCUUCGCAAAAGCCCACGUUUGUUCGUUCACCGGGAACUACUACUGCACCAACUGCAUGUCGACGGAGGAGUUCCUGAUCCCCUCGCGAAUAAUCCACAAUUGGGACUUGAAGCACUAUCCAGUGAGUAAAAAAGCAGCGGAAUAUCUGACGGAUUGCUCUACCCUCCUGAACCUCAAGAUCCUGAAUCCAAGGAUCUACACGACAGUGGAGAGCAUGGCCCAGCUGCAGGCCCUCAGAAUACAGCUCAAUCUCCUCCGUGCCUAUUUGUUCACCUGCAGAGAGCCCAUAAUUGACUCAUUGCAGAAGAAAGUUGCACCCAGGGACUAUCUGUACGAGCACGUGCAUCAGUACUCAGUCUCCGAUCUGCUUGAUGUGCCCUCGGGAACGCUUGCUCAACAGCUCCAAAAAGUCGUGGAAUACGCGAGAAAUCACGUGUUGAACUGCUGGUUAUGCAGCCAAAAGGGAUUCAUCUGCGAGGUGUGCAACAAUCCCAAGGUUAUUUACCCGUUCGACAUGGAAUCGACUUACAGGUGUAAUGGAUGCAAUGCUGUCUUUCACGCUGACUGCCUCAACUCGACAAAGUCAUGUCCAAAGUGCGAGAGACGAAGGAAACGACUCGAUCGGCUGCUCCUCGAUGGCGAGACGACACUCCCUCAGAAUAUCGCCACAUCUUCGCCGAUUCAUAUGAAUUGAUUUGUAUUAUAGUGAUAGAUUGAAUUGAAUUUUAAGGCGACGAGGAAUUUGCAAGUGUACCAAAAAGCCUGGCUAAUGCACGUAAAAGUGGUCAGUAGUCGCAAGAUAAUUUUUAGUUAAUUUUAACCCUAGUUGGUCACCCUACGCGACCCAGCGAUUGGUCACGUCCGCGGGGAAGUGCCGCCGUGUUAUUUACGCCUGAACGUUGCCAAAUUCACUGUGCAAUGCCCGGGAGCGUUUAGCGAAUUUCCGGCAACGUCGCGUAACAGGCAUUUUGGUUUAACAUGGAAAAAAAUAAUAGACCUUUUCAUU